CGCCAGGGGCGGGGUGCGGGCAGUUUGGGGAUGGGGGGCGCUGUCGGAGAGAGGAAGGGAGGGAGCGGGGGUGGGGCGCACAGACGAUUGGAACAGGAGAGUGGAAGAGAUUUUGAAAGGUCAUCUCGUCCUUCCCCCAGCCUCCAAGCUGGACUGCCCCUCCCACCCUAAACCCGGACAUACCAGGCAAGGAGUUGGCUCUGCCGCUCUUUCUGCCCCAACAUGCACAGACUCGGGAAGUUCUUCCUGGGGUUUUAUCUCAAAGCCUCUCCCUUAUAUUUUCUGUCUCUCUUUUGGGGGAGGAGGAGGGGCGAUUAGAGAGAUAGUUAAUGUCUGCCGUAUAAGAAACAUUAUUAAAGUUACUCUUCGGUCCUUUCUGUUCUUGAUAAACAAUUCCAGCUCCUUCCUCUUGAGUUCUAUUUUCCAUUCCUUAAGUCACUUUAAUGGCUCUUCAAUACAACAAAUAUUUACUGAGUUCUUACUAAGUACCAGGCACUAUGCUCAGCGCUGUGGGGGAUGCACAGAUAAGGGGCAUUGUGGUCUCCUUCCUCCAGGAGCUUGUAGUCCAGACAGGGGCUACGAUCUUAUAAAUAGCAUACUCAGAUUUAAUCGAUAUUUAUUGAGUGCCUCUUCACAUAGUUAAUAGCAUAUAAUCCUUACAAUAACCCUCUGAAAUAUAACUAGUCGCCAUUUAAAUGUAAGGAAAAUGAGGCUCAAGGAGUCUCUUUCCCCAGCCAGUCACUGGUCUGCAAGCCCAGGAAUGCUCAGAGCAAGACGAAUGUCUCACAUUCUGGCAGGCCAUCGCCACCAAAUAAAAUUAAUGCCCGUGAAAAUCGAGGAGGAAGACGUAGACACAGCAGUUUUCUGGAUCCUUUUAAAAUGGAAUUCCCACUCCCCAGAAAAGGAAAGAGUGGGUACAAUGUUCCAGUGAGGCUUGGCCCGGCACUGAGCAGGGCAGAAGUGGCUUACAAAGAAGGCCACUCGCCUCCCAGUAGUAACUCCCAGAGGUAUUCUGGCUCAGUUUUCUUCUACUAUCAAUAAUAAGAAAUAAUGAUGAUGAUAAUAGCUACUAACAUUAUUAAGCUCUUACAUGCCAGGUGCUGGGCUGAGCUGGUUCAUAUGAAUUUUCUCUUUUAAUACUCAAGACAACUCUUUGAGAUUGGUAUUAACUGCCCUUAAUAAACAAGGAAACAGAGAUGAAGUAACUUGCCCAAGGACACCCACGUAGAUCUGGUAUUUGAACAUAGGACUGGUUGCCUGCAGACCAAGACAGCCUUUCCUAUCUUUGAUCUAUAGAGUGUAUAUUUGGGCCCAGCUAUAAGGUCACUAUGACUCAGAAUUGACUCGAUGGCAAUGAGUUUGGGUUUUUUUUUUUUUUUUUGGCUCUGCUCCUUUCUGUAGAAAUAAAUGGCUCCAUCUCAACUUCUGAAUAAGCCCUUUAGUAUACGGGCAUCAGGCUCAUCAGGAUGACCUCAUCAGUACCACUAACAGUUAUUAAGCACCAGCCCUUAGUAAACAACUCUUCACACAUAUUAUUAGUCCCCUUUUAUCUGUGAAAGGUUUAAAUAGGUAGAAUAAUAAUUCUUGGAUAAUAAUUUAUCCAAGGUCACAUAGCAGGCAUACUAGCAGAGCUGGAUUCUAGUUCAGAUCUGUCUCUCUGCAAGGCACCUUCUAGCUCUCAAAAAUACUAAUUACUGCAAUAGUGUCUUUCCCAAGACUAACCAUUUUGGGUCCAUCCUCUAUACAUCUCUAGAUGCAGGUUAUCACUGAGACAGAAACAAUCACAGCCAUAAACAGGUUUCUCCAUCCACUUAGUUGGUUUCUGAUGCAGAGCAAAUCCUUCGAAAUGGGAAGGUGGAGAAGCAGUCCCGAAAGUGAGAGGCAGGAGGCCAGAGAUUUAAAUCUUACCUGGUCUGGGGACAAAGCUGCAAGUGGUAAUGACAGGGACCAAUCCAGACAGUAAUGUGGGAUUUCCCUAGAGAAGAGCAAGUAAUUUGAGGAGGAAGGAUAGAAAUGGGGGGAAAUUAGGGCCCAGGGUGAUGGUGUCCAUCAGGAUGAGGCUAGUGAUCAGAAGAGGAACCCAGGGUCGGGGGAGGUGGGGGCAACAGAAAAUGGAAAGAGCAAGAGGCAGGGAUGGGUAUUUUGUGGAAUGAACUGAGGCUGGCACCAACCAGGGCCACUCCCUGGAUCCUUUGGCCCUCAUAGGGACCUUUGCCCCACCACACCCCAGCCCUGACAACCUGUCUUGCCAGAGCAAGUGUGUCGUAUGCUCUGAGCUACCAGGCCCCUCUGGGAGCCUCAGGCCCCUGCUGGGUCCCAUCCCUUCAGAGAAGCUACUUCAUACUAGGUAGGUGUGAGGCCCCGGGCCUGAACCCCCUGGAUACUGAAAGCAGGUAGGGGGGCAGCUGAAGGAGACAUUGCUGAGUGUCCUGCCUCCUGAUAGACAGGCCCCAUAACUCAUUUUUCCCAGCCUAGGAAGCACCCAGUUCCAGUAGUCAAAGGAGCCAUGGAGGAGACAGCGGGUCAGCGAAAGUGGGAGAGAUCCAGCAUUCAUCUGGAAAAGCUACGGCACUGGGCGAGGCACAAGCAGAGUGGGCACAUCUUGGUGCUGGCGGUGAGCCAGCUCUGGCUGGCAAUGGCUGUGGUGCCCUUUGCUGUCUCUGUCGCCUGCUUGAACUCUGCUUGUCACAUGGCCACAGCGCUGCCCCUUGGGCCUGCAGCCUCGGGUCUCCUCUCUGGGACUGUCACCCUUGAGCUGCGCAGAGCACCUCGCCUCUGGAAGGUGCGGGCCAUGAUGAUAUUGAAUAUCUUCAACCUGAUCUUGGCCUUCAUUGUGGUGGUGGUGGAGGUGAUGAAGACAGCCUUGACACCUGCCCCAACAGCCCCCUCCCAGCUAGCCGGCUUGCUGGUGCUGGAGCUCAGCGCUGAGGCCUUCACCCUAGGGGGAGUGCUGGUCUCAGCAUAUGCCCUAUUCCUGUUGAGCCAGAGGAAGCCAGGAUGCUGCAGGAGCCAGAGUCUGCACUAUGAGGAGCUGCAGGAGGGUCUCUCUGAAUUGGAAGAGGUUCCAGUUUUGGAGAAUGGCCCCACGGUAGCUAGUACAGCAAACGAAACAAAUAAGUGAGCUGGCAAGGGGAGGAUGCUGCUGGCGCGACCGUUCUCCAGGCCCGCCUGCACCCCAUUCCGCCGAGCUCAGAAGCUAGAUGAGACUCCAGCGAGACGUAUGUGAAGCCCGACGGAGUACCUUCAGUUUCCACUCAGAGCAGGCCCCUUUUCUUCCCUUCCUCGCUGGAAGUUAUACCUGGUCCAGAGUCCUCCCCCACCUCACCGCCCUAUAGACCCUGCCCUCGCAGGGCAUCCCUUAGGCCAACCUUCAGUUAUAGCCACUUCCUGGCUUCCAUUCUCAUCCUCCUUCCCCAUUGGCUCCCCACUGCAGCUUCACAUAUGCCCUAUCUCACUACUCUCUUCCGUCCACCUCUCACAAUCCCUUUCACUCCAAGCGCUCGUUUCUGCACAGGCCAACUCUCCGAGUUCAACUCCUGGGGGCCUCAGAUGUGCCUUCCAUCCGGCCCCUUUUUACUCCAGCGGAGACUACGAGUCCCAGGAUGCUCAGCUACCCCGCGGCCCGCUGGGAAAUAAAGAGCCUUCCCUUCACUGUAGGGGCGCUGUGUAUCUAAUCAUUGAUGCGAGGCGCUGAAAGUCAGGGACUAAUCGAAAAUUUCUCCGGACGCGACCACUAUCCCCGCGUGUGGGGGAACCGGGCGGGUCACCCAGCUCGGGGGCCCGCUGUCCCAAUCAUGGCAACCGAGAGCUGACUAUGGGUCCACACCUCUCUCUCUGGCAGCUUCGGAGACAGGCGGGCGCUGGGUGCCGGCCCUCAGCGGAGGUGGGGUUUCCUAGGUGCUGUCGCUUGGGCCCCUCGCACAAGUGGCCAGGUCCAAAGUCCUGAGAUUUGGAGCGCGCGCGAGAUAGAGGCUGGAGAUGAUGAGUCAGAAGCGCAGGGCCCUUCUCGGCCUCCUCCCGCGGAGGUUGGGCGCGGAUGAAGGCAGACUUGCAGGGCAGGGGGG